GCGCGCACACACCUGGAACAAACAGACCCAACGGUGUUGCGCAGACAGAUGGGUCGGCGACGUCCGAGGGGGCAACGUGUAGACUCGCGCUUCACAUGCCGUGGAUCGUUCGUUCCCGUGACGGAAGUGGAGCUGCUGGACACGCACUCUCGCUCGUGAUUCACCUAUGCGUGGAACGGUUUCCUUCAUCCUUUUGCGAGUUCUGCGCCGAGACCUGCACGGCAAUUUAACAAUGGCGCAUCCGGGGGCAGGUUUCUUGAGUUUAACCCUACUGUGCGAUUUGUGAUGACUUGUGUGGUUGUCGUGAAUUGUAACAAACAAACAAACCCCCCAAAAAAAAAAAACACGCGCCUCCCUCUGUUGGAGCAAUUCAUGCCUGUCAGCUGUUUUGGUUCCUGUCUUGCUUUCACUAUUUUGUGAAAGGAGAUGUGAAAAGGAAGGAAGGGGAGAGCGCGAGAGAGAACGACAGAGAGAGAUAGAGAGAGAGAGAGAGAGAGAGAGAGAGAGAGGAGGGGAGACAGGCGUCUACAGUCCACGCGUCUCAGCAAAGUCUCAGUUGUUUUCAGAAGGAGCCGAGAAGAAAAUAUAUAAAAAGCCCAAAAGAAAUCUACGUAUUGACAGGCUUACGCUUGUGAGUCUGCACGUGUGCAGCUAACAAGUGACUCUCACCCACCGCUCUCCUUCUCUUUGGUUGCAGAAGAAGCAAAGAGUCAACAUGGUUCGGUGGUUCCACAGAGAUAUCACAGGUUUGGAGGCCGAGGAAAGGCUGAAGACGAGAGGCAUUUCCGGCAGCUUUUUGGCUCGACCCAGCAAGAAAAAUGUAGGAGAUUUCUCCCUGUCUGUCAGGGUGGGCGAACUGGUGACCCACAUCCGCAUCCAGAACACGGGAGACUACUACGACCUGUAUGGCGGGGAGAAGUUUGCCACUCUGUCGGAGCUGGUGGAGUACUACACGGCCGAGAACGGCAUCCUGCAGGACAAGGACGGCACCAUCAUCGAGCUCAGAUACCCCCUCAACUGCUCCGACCCCACCACCGAGAGGUGGUACCACGGCCACCUGUCCGGGCCGAACGCGGAGAAGCUGCUCUGUGCUCGAGAGGAGUCUGGGACCUUCCUGGUCAGAGAGUCGCUGUCCAAACCUGGAGACUUCGUCCUGUCGGUUCUGACGGACGAGAAGGGCAAAACCGGAGGAAAGAGGGUCUCCCACAUCAAGAUAAUGUGUCAGAAUGACAGGUACACAGUGGGAGGUUCAGAGUUGUUUGACACGCUGACAGACCUGGUGGACAACUACAAACGCAAAGGCAUCGAAGAGAUCUCUGGUAACUGGGUGCAUCUCAAACAGCCUUAUUACUCCACCAGAGUGAAUGCAGCAGACAUUGACAGCAGAGUGAAACAGCUGGAUCAGACCACACAGCAGCAGGAGGAGGGCGAGGGAGAGAAGAGCAAGGCCGGUUUCUGGGAGGAGUUUGAUGCUCUUCAAAAGUCUGAGGCAAAGGUGAAAAAGAGCAGAGAGGAAGGUCAGAGGCCUGAAAACAAGAGCAAAAACAGAUACAAGAAUAUUCUUCCCUUCAAUGACACCAGAGUCUGCCUGCAGGACAGGAAUGCUGAUGUUGUGGGUUCAGAUUACAUCAACGCCAACUACGUGAGAAACAACCUGUCGGAGUCCGGAGCUCCGAAAGUCUACAUCGCCACCCAGGGGUGCCUAGCGACAACCGUCAACGAUUUCUGGCAGAUGGUAUGGCAGGAGGACACAAGGGUGAUCGUCAUGACAACAAGAGAGGUCGAGAAAGGGCGGAAUAAAUGCGUGCCAUACUGGCCCGACGUCCAGAGCUCCAAGGAGGUGGGUCCGUAUGUGGUGACCAACAAUUCAGAGAGGGAAGCCGCUGAUUACAAAAUCAGAGUUUUGGAGAUCGCUCCUGUGGACCAGCCAAAUCAUUCUCGUACCAUCUGGCACUACCAGUACAUGAGCUGGCCUGACCACGGCGUCCCUCAGGAGCCGGGUGGCGUGCUGAGCUUCCUCAGUCAAGUGAACGCCAAACAGGCCGACUACCCCGAUGCUGGACCCAUGGUCAUCCACUGCAGUGCUGGGAUUGGUCGAACAGGCACGAUUGUGGUGAUCGACAUGAUCAUCGAAACCAUUGAUGCCAUCGGUCUGGACUGUGAUCUUGACAUCCCGAAAUACAUCCAGAUGGUGCGAGAGCAGCGCUCCGGGAUGGUGCAGACAGAAGCCCAGUACAAGUUCAUCUACCUGUCUGUCUCCGAGUACAUACAGACCACCAAGGCCAAGGACUGUGCCUCCAUGGAAACCGAGACCGAGUAUGGAAAUCUGCAACUUAAACACCAGCCGGUGAGCAGGAGGGUCUCAAAAAACAAGGAGGAUGUUUACGAGAAUCUCUCAAAAGGAAAAAAAGAUGGGAAGAAGCCAAAGUCAGAAAAGAAAAGUGGCUCCGUGAAGAAAAGAUAGAUGUUUUUUCUCCACAACGUUCCACAUUAUUAUAUUUAUGCAGGGCCCUUUUUGUUAAAGAAUUUGUGUUUCAGUGGAGUCAAAAUAAAAUGUUUGAAAUUAAUGACAAGAUACCCAGUAGACAUCUGAUGUGUCACAUGUAUUCUUGUUUGUUGCAAAUAAAGUAAUUGUGUGAA